UUUUUCAUUUAAAGGCUCUGCUCUCUCUCCCCAUGCAUAUCCAUUAAAACUCUCUCUCUCUCUCUCUCUCUCUCUCUCUCUCUCUCUCUCUCUCCCCGCCGGUUCCCGCUGAAUCUCCGGCGAAUGGACUCCACAGCGAUAUCCGCAUCCUCUCCUCCUUCCUCUCACCUCACCACCAAGCUCCGAAACCCUAAGCCCCUCCCCACCCGUCUCAAUUUCCCCCCAUCCAAACCCUUCGCUUCCCUCAAAUCCCCAUUCCCCGCCCCUUCCUUCCACCCCUGUCGCGUAGCGACGUCGCCGUCCCCCUCGCAAACCCCCAGUCUCGCGAAAACCAACCUCAACCGCCUCAUCUCCGAAUUCCAAUCCCUCUCCUCCCCCAUCGACCGCGUAAAGCGGUUGCUCCACUACUCCGCCCUCCUCCCUCCGCUUGACGACUCGGCCCGAACCGACUCGAACCGCGUCAUGGGGUGCACGGCCCGUGUGUGGCUAGUUGUAACCAUGGACAGCGAAGGGAAGAUGAGGUUUCGGGCCGACAGCGACUCGGAGAUUACGCGGGGGUUUUGUUGCUGUUUGAUUAGCGUUCUUGACGGGGCGGGGCCGGAGGAGGUCUUGGGGUUGAAGACGGAGGAUCUGGGGGAGUUGAGUGGUGUUGUUGGUGGGGGGUUAAACGGGGUGAGUAAUUCUAGGGUGAAUACUUGGGGUAAUGUGUUGGUUGGGAUGCAGAAGAGGACGAAGGGUUUGGUUGGUGAGAGAGAGGGGAAGGUGCCUGGUGAGGCGUUUCCGUCUCUGGUUGUGACCGCGGAGGGGAUCGAGGCAAAGGGGAGCUAUGCUGAAGCUCAGGCAAGAUUUUUGUUACCUGAUGAGUUGAAGGUUCAAGAACUUGUCAAUGUGCUGAUGGAGAAGAAAAUUGGUGUUGUUGCACACUUCUACAUGGAUCCUGAGGUCCAAGGUGUCUUAACUGCUGCACAGAAGCAUUGGCCUCACAUCCAUAUAUCUGAUUCCCUGGUUAUGGCAGAUUCGGCUGUGAAGAUGGCAAAAGCCGGUUGCCGAUAUAUCACAGUUCUAGGUGUUGACUUUAUGUCAGAAAAUGUACGUGCAAUUCUGGAUCAGGCUGGCUUCUCCGAGGUUGGUGUGUACAGGAUGUCGAGUGAACGCAUUGGUUGCUCUCUAGCUGAUGCUGCUUCUAAUCCUGCAUAUAUGAACUACCUUGAGGCAGCUUCAAUGGCUUCUCCUUCUUUACAUGUUGUCUACAUAAAUACUUCUUUGGAAACAAAGGCGAAUGCUCAUGAACUUGUGCCAACAAUAACAUGCACUUCUUCUAAUGUUGUGCCAACCAUUCUGCAGGCGUUUGCUCAAGUACCCAACCUGAACGUAUGGUAUGGGCCUGAUACCUACAUGGGUGCAAACAUAAUGGAGUUGUUUCAACAGAUGACGGUGAUGACGGAUGAUGAAAUUGCAGAGAUACAUCCAGAACACAAUAGAGACACAAUUAGAUCAUUGUUGCCUCGCCUGCACUAUUAUCAGGAUGGAACAUGCAUUGUACAUCACCUUUUUGGACAUGAAGUUGUGGAGAAGAUAAAGGAAAUGUAUUGUGAUGCGUUUCUAACUGCUCAUUUCGAGGUUCCUGGAGAAAUGUUCUCUCUGGCAAUGGAAGCUAAAAGAAGAGGAAUGGGGGUGGUAGGUUCCACCCAAAACAUAUUAGAUUUCAUUUCGCACAGGGUACAAGAGGCUCUCGAGAGGAAUGUCAAUGAGCACCUUCAAUUUGUUUUGGGAACAGAAUCAGGAAUGGUAACUGCAAUUGUGGCCACAGUUAGUAGAUUGUUGGGGUCUGUGAAGCCUUCAUCUGGGAGACCAAAAGUUAAUGUUGAGAUUGUGUUUCCUGUCUCAUCCGACUCAAUCACGACACCAAGCACUUCAUCUCAUGGCCUAAGUUUAGGUGUUAUACCAGGAGUCGCAAGUGGAGAGGGAUGCUCUAUUAAUGGUGGAUGUGCUUCCUGCCCUUACAUGAAGAUGAAUUCUCUUAGCUCUCUCUUGAAAGUGUGCUACCAUUUGCCUGAGGAAAAACAUAGCCUUUUAGCCUAUGAAGCUGGGCGAUUCAACAUACAAACUCGACAUGGAAAACUAAUUGCAGAUGUCGGUUGUGAGCCAAUACUGCACAUGAGACACUUUCAGGCAACAAAAAGAUUACCAGACAAGCUCGUCCAUCAGAUCCUUGAUAAAUGUGGCAAUGGAAGGCCAAUGUCAUAUAGCUAGCAGAGCUGCUCUUAUUCGUAGCAACAAAAUAUGUGCUGCUUCGUGGAUGUGAUUCUGUCAUACCCCUGAAAAGGCCUUCAAGAAAUUUUCUUCAACUUAGUUUAUAGAAAGUCACAGUAUACAAAUUUACUUCUUGUACUCUUUGUAUCUGUUGGUGAUUUACUUCAUUUUAUUAUCAAGUUUAGAAGGGCGGCUCUGGCGCAACGGUGAGGUUGCUCCAAUGUGACCUGGUAGUCACUGGUUCGAGUCGCAGAAAUAGCUUCCCCCCUUCCGUACAUCCAAAGCCUUCGCCAGACGUUGCAGAUAGAAGCCCCGUGCAUUGGGUAGUCUUCUUUUUAAUAAUCAAGGUUGGCGAUUUAUUUGUUUUGUUAGUUUCAUAGAAAGGCAGUAAUGUCAUACUUACGAAUUGUACAUUCUUCAACUUCCAGUAUCCUUUUGGGAUACAUCUGUAACAUUUGCUGGAUUCACUAUUGGGACCGUUCAGCACAUUUUGAUCAAUGGGAUUGGAAAACUAUAUUGCCUGAUGAAA